AAGCUUUUCCCGCCAGUUCGCGCGGUUUGGUGCAAACGCGCCGCACGCGUCCGUACAGAUUAAAAAAAUAUAUAAUAAAAAUAAUAAUUAAUUUGUAUCACCAAGUGGUAGCAUACCGAAACCGAUCGUGCAGUGAAACAGUGAUCAAAGAUGCGGUCCGCGUUGCUUUGCGUACUUUUUACGCUAAUUAUACAUAAAGGAAGCCGGGUUCGAGGCGAUGACUUCAGGCCGACCCCGAUACCCCUCGACGAAUGGCACCCGACGAAACAGGACAACCAAGCGGGCACAUUGCAUGAAAUAAUCGGAACGGAAUCACCGGCCUCCGUAGCGGCCGUUCCUGCUCACUACUGGGAAGAUGCUUUGAGACACAGCGUUUAUCUUACUUUAGUGAGAGACAAGAUUGAUCAACUUAUUGCAAAAGGUGACGUCAUAUCACCCAACAGCAAACUAAAUCAACCAGUCUCGAAGGAAAUCGAUGACCACGACCUCUGGGAGAAAAUUAAAAAAGCUCCGUUCGACCGCAUACAGUCUGAGGAACCCAACUCUCCAGGAGACGUCACUAUUAUGGCCAAAGGACGGCUAUUAGAAAGUAAAGAGGGUUUCAGAUUCACCGAAGACGAUCGAUCACAAGAAAAAUGUGGCAACGAAAAGUGCGCGGAUGGUGUGAAAGCAUUUUGGUCAGUGAAGCGAGUGCGACAGAGGGAUCAAGAAAUAUCUCCAGGAAAAUAUCACUAUGAAUUGACUUUUUCAGUUAUUUCUCAGAUCCCAAAAAAGCAACGAAAGCCCUACGAAAACCCCAUCCGAACAUUUACUGUCCGCGAGACUACACCCGAUAGAAUAACGGAUUAUCCCCAAGAAUAUAAAAGAACGGAAGCCGUCCACUAUACGACAUCGAGACCGCAGAGGGCCAUUUGGUUUCAUAAAAAUAUAGUUCCCAUUCCACCACACACGAGGCGACAGUAUACAAGUGGUUUGGAUAGAAUAUUUUCAUCAAUAUUUUCCGAUGACGACGCUUCAUCAUAUGACCAACCACAACCAAAAUUUAGAAACAACCCAACGCCCCCACAAAUUUAUCAAUACUCAAAAAUUGGACAUGCAGGACCGGCAAUUGACUAUCAUCAGCAGCCGAGAGGAAAUUCAAAACCAUAUCCGUAUAAAAAUCAGCCAUAUAAAUAUGCUCGCCCACCGCUUCAGGCACCACCCGCAGGACCACUGCAUCAUCAUUACUUAGAUUAUGACUCCAGCCCUAUUGUGAAUGGCAGUCCAUAUCCAUCACAAGAUACCAGGGUGUCACCCAGUCAACCUACUAAAUCAACACGACCAGCAGUUUUACCAACGCCGGUACCAGUAGGUCCAGGCCCCAAAGACCAAACCUUUGACCUAGGUAGUCCAAUGUAUAUAGAGAGUUCAGAUAUUAAAGAGAAUAUAACACGAUUUUCCGAAAUGAAUAAUCCUCAUAGGCCUAUGUAUAAACCUAAGCCAACGCCUCCUAAAGUUAACUAUUUUCCAGAACAUAUAAGACCCCCUGUGUAUAAUGCGCCACCUGGAGUUUUUGUUACUAUGGACAAAAAACCGUUUAAGCCCAUGCCACCGCUGAAACUGGUUCAUAAUUCUAAGCCCCAAAAAACAAAUAAACCAAUCGAUUUUAGACCAAGUCCACAAGUUCAUGAUCCCCAGUCUCCAAAUCCUGAUCCACUAUUUGACACCGCAUUUAGACCAAUCACUGUGAACUACGCUGAUAGCAGCACAACUGAAAGAAUCGAACAUAUCAACGUGAAAAAGGGUCAAAAUAAAAAUCGAAAGACCAACGUGAACAGCAAAAAGCCAAAUAAAAAACACGAAAACAUUAAGUCUCAUAGAAUAACCACUGCAACGCCUGAUAUAAUAACAGCUCAAAACUUAGACGAGGAAAUAGAUACUUUAGACUGGGCAAAUGUUCUAGGAGCAUUUACUAAAACAACACCAAUGGUUCUACAAACAGAAAAAUCAAAUUAUCCCGAAACCACAACCAGUUUCUCAACAACUGGCAGCGCUGUCCCAUCGUCAACUUCAAAGAGAACAACAACAACAACAAUGGAAGCGACACCCAAAUCAACUUCAACCACAUCCACAACCACAUCAACGCCAAAACCCCCGAAACGGACACGUCCGCCACCGAAAUUCACAAAACAGGAUAAAAUUAAGAAGCAUAAACGAAUCAUACCCACAUCUUCUACUACUUUGGCUCCAGAAAAAUCAACGGUACGAAGAUCAACAACAGAAUCAACACCCACGACCAGUUCAACAAUAAAGAGCAUUAAAAAGGCAUUCUCCUGGGAAGUUAAAAAUAAAACACUUUCCACUUCCACAACCUCAACAACGACUACAACAGUUCGUCCAACAACUACAACAACUAAACCCAUUAGUACUACGGCGACCUAUACAACUACAACCAACGUUCCUAAGGAACCAUCGACCACCGGAAAACCAGAGUUCGUGACAAGCUCUCCAAAAAGGAACC